CUUCCAAAAAAAAAAGAAGGGGAGAAAGCAUAAUAAAUAUCCCUACCUUUCUCUCCACAUUCCCUAUUUGUUUCCUCGAUAUCCGCCGCCUCGAUCUCCCAAUUUUCUUCACUUUCUUAAAUCUCUCGUUGAAAAAUCUGGUCUCUUGAAGCUUUUUCAUCAAUGCCCCCGUAAAACCCUAGUGAAAUUUCAGUGGAGCGACGACUGCUUGACCGGGUUUCCUUUACUUUCUCGCUGAUUUCCCGAGAGUUUUCCAGGGAAAAUGAAGAAACCCCAUCUGGGUAUUCUCUGUUUGUUCGUCUUUGUAGUGGAUUUCGCUGAUUUCGCCGUUUCGCAGUCUAGCCCCGAUGCUUCCUCCAUGCAAGCUCUCAAAUCGAGUCUGAAGCUCACCUCCGAUGUCGAUUGGUCCGACCCGAACCCGUGCAGAUGGACCUCUGUUCAAUGCGAUGACAGCAGUCGGGUCACGCGAAUUCAGCUCAAGAGCAAAGGGAUUCGUGGGACUCUUCCUCCCGAUCUUAAGAAUCUCACUGCCCUUACUGUGCUUGAGCUCUUCCAAAAUCAGUUGUCGGGUCCGAUUCCGGAUCUUUCGGGUCUGUCGCAGUUGCAGAGGCUGAAUCUUCACAACAACCAGUUCACUUCGGUCCCUAAGGAUCUCUUCACAGGUAUGACUUCGCUUCAGGGCGUGUAUCUCGACAACAACCCGUUAUCUUCGUCGGUAAUUCCCGACAGUAUCAAGGAUGCGCCGUCCCUGCAAGAGCUUUCCCUUAUCAAUUGCAGCAUUUCCGGGAAAAUUCCAGAUUUCCUAGGCGGCCAAACGCACAUUAGCUUGGCGAGACUCCAUUUAUCUUUCAAUUAUCUCGAGGGCGAAUUGCCGGCGAGUUUUGCAACCUCUUCGUUCCAGUCUCUCUGGCUGAAUGGGCAACAAAGCACGGGGAAGCUAAACGGCUCGAUCUCAGUUUUGCAGAACAUGACGUCGUUAACUGAGGUUUGGUUGCACGGAAACAGUUUCUCCGGUCCGAUUCCAGAUCUCUCCGGUCUGCAAGUUCUAAGUAUCUUCAGCGUAAGAGACAAUGAACUCACCGGUAUUGUCCCGCAGAGCCUCGUCAAUUUGCCUUCUCUUAGUGUUGUGAAUUUAACCAAUAAUAUGUUCCAAGGACGAGCCCCGAGGUUUUCCAAUGGAGUUCAAGUUGAUAUGGCCCCCAGGACCAAUAGUUUCUGUUCGGAUGAUUCUACUGUUGCUUGUGAUCCCCGAGUCGAUAUUUUGCUGUCUAUAGUUGAGGCAUUUGGCUAUCCAGCGAGAUUUGCAUCGAAUUGGAAAGGGAAUGAUCCGUGCAGUGGCUGGUCGGGGGUUACUUGUUCGGGAAGUAACAUAACGGUAAUCAAUUUCGGGAGAGGGGGUCUCUCAGGAACAAUAAGCCCGAAUUUUGCCAAGCUUGUGUCUCUAGAAACCAUCAUUCUCGCUAAUAACGCACUCACGGGUUCUAUACCGGCUGAACUCACUACAUUGCCUAAGCUUAGAACGCUCGAUGUAUCAAACAACAAUCUUGAUGGUGCAUUACCGAAGUUUAGGCAAAAUGUGGCUUUGCGGAUUGAAGGGAACAGCAAAAUCGGGAAGAGCCCGUCUGGCAGUUCUGGAGCUUCGCCCGAUGACAAAGGCUCUGGAAACCGUGGCAAUGGUUCUUCUUCUGGGGAGUCCACCACUGUCAAGAUCAUUGGUUCUGUAGUCGGAGUCAUUGGUGCGUUCUGUCUGGUCGGAUUGGGGGUAUGCCUCUAUGCCACGAAAUGGAAACGGCCCGCCAGAGUUCAGAGCCCAGCCAAUGUGGUGAUUCAUCCCCAUCACUCAGGUGACCAAGCUGCCGUUAAGCUCACAAUUGCAGCUUCCAGUCUUAACGGUGGCGGGAGUGAGAGCUGUUACAGUCAUACGAGUAGUGGGCCGAGUGAUAUCCACAUUGCGGAGGCCGGUAACAUGGUUAUAUCCAUCCAUGUCCUGAGGAAUGUGACGAACAACUUCAGCGAGGAGAACAUUCUCGGAAAAGGUGGGUUUGGGACGGUAUACAGAGGCGAACUUCAUGACGGAACAAAGAUAGCCGUGAAAAGGAUGGAGUCAUCGGUUGUGAGUGACAAGGGUCUGGCUGAGUUCAAGUCUGAGAUCGCUGUCCUGACCAAAGUGCGUCACCGUCACCUGGUUGCGCUGCUCGGCUACUGUCUCGACGGGAAUGAGAGGCUUCUCGUCUAUGAGUACAUGCCUCAGGGGACUCUCAGCCAGCAUUUGUUCCAUUGGGAGGAAGAAGGGCUGAAACCGCUCGAAUGGACGAGAAGAUUAUCGAUUGCCCUGGACGUGGCUCGUGGGGUUGAGUAUUUGCACACUCUCGCUCACCAGAGCUUCAUACAUAGGGAUCUCAAGCCUUCAAACAUUCUUCUCGGGGACGAUAUGCGUGCCAAAGUUUCUGACUUUGGGUUAGUCCGUCUUGCCCCUGACGGGAAACAUUCAAUCGAGACCCGACUCGCUGGGACUUUCGGAUAUCUCGCCCCGGAAUACGCAGUGACAGGAAGAGUAACGACGAAAGUAGACAUAUUUAGCUUCGGGGUGAUACUGAUGGAGCUGAUAACCGGGAGAAAAGCCCUGGACGAGACGCAGCCAGAAGACAGCAUGCAUCUGGUCACGUGGUUCAGACGGAUUCACAACGGCAAAGACCAAGACUCGUUCAAUAAGGCGGUUGACCCGGCCAUCGACCUCGACCAGGACACCCUCUCCAGCGUCGGCAAGGUCUCUGAGCUGGCUGGUCACUGCUGUGCCCGGGAGCCAUACCAGCGUCCAGACAUGGGCCACGUGGUGAACGUCCUGUCCUCGCUCGUGGAACAGUGGAAGCCCUCGGAACCUGACCCAGAUGACAUGUACGGCAUAGACUACGACAUGCCGUUGACUCAGGUGGUGAAGAAGUGGCAGGCCUUUGAAGGAAUCACCAAUGCGGAGGACUCGGCCUCUUCUUCUUCUGUUUACGGAAGCAACGACAAUUCUCAGACCAGUAUCCCUACCAGGCCUUCUGGUUUUGCCGAUUCCUUCGCCUCCUUCGAUGGACGGUGAGAAAUCUAGAACAAGAUUUGGAAUGUUAUAUAUAAAUAUCUAUCUCUCUCUCUAUAUAUAUAUAUACGUAUGAUUAUUUUCAUGUUUCUUGCAUGCUUUUUGCUGUAGUGUGGUUACUUUUUCUUGCUGUGUUGUGCAAUGAAACCUUCUUGUGUAGC